AUGAACAAUGAAGAUCAAGGCGAAGCUUUGGAGGAGGUGUCUGGACUGGUUUGUCAGGAGGAUGACCUCAAUGAUGGCCAGAUGAAAGUAGUCUCUGUGGCAGACCAGAAGGUGUUGCUUGUCCGGACGGAGGGUCAGUACAGUGCAGUCGGGAAUCAGUGCACUCAUUAUAACGCUCCUCUAGUUAAUGGAGCAUUGGUUGGCAACAGAGUGAGAUGUCCUUUCCAUGGCGCUUGUUUCAAUAUUAAAACAGGAGAUAUUGAAGAGUAUCCUGGUCUUGACUGCCUUCCUUGCUACAAGGUGAAUGUUCAAGAUGGAAAGGUGUACGUUUCCAUCAAGAAAAAGGCUCUUAAGCAAACCAGGCGCGUGAAAGAGAUGUGUAAUGUGUUACCAAAUGUCACACAUACUAUCCUGCUCAUUGGAGGAGGCCCUGCUGCUUUGGUGUGUGCUGAAACGUUGCGUCAGAACUGCUACCAGGGCCGAAUUGUCAUGGUAACCAAAGAUUCCAGCCCUCCUUUUGACAAGCCCAAACUGAGUAAGGCUAUGAAUGUGGACAUAAGCAACAUUGUCCUCCGCUCCAAUGAAUUUCUUCAACAGUACGGGAUAGAAGUGCGGAUAGGGCAAGAGGCGGUGACUGUAAACACGCGAGAAAAAGCCGUGACAAUGAAGGAUGGUGCUGUGCUGCAUUACGACCAGCUUCUUAUCUCAACAGGCUGCAGAGCGAGGCGACUCACUUGUCCCGGUAGUGAUCUGAAAGGAGUGAAGUUACUAGAGAGAUACGAAGACGCCAAAGACAUUCAUGCUUCCUGCCUGGGCCGCAAGGCUGUUGUCGUUGGAACAUCCUUCAUAGGUAUGGAGGUAGCAUCCUACCUCGCCAACAAAGCCUCCAGUGUUGCCAUUGUUGGAACCACCAAAUACCCAUUUCAACAGUCCUUGGGUUCCCAAAUUGGCCAAAUGACCAUGCAAAUGUUGGAAGAAAAGAAUGUGAAGUUCUACAUGAAUGACAGCGUCACUGAAAUCAGAGGAGUGAAUGGCUCGGUGAAAGAGGUCAUGCUGAAGAGUGGCACACUUCUGGAGGCUGAUGUAGUGAUUGCAGGAAUAGGUGUAAUCCCUAAUUCCGACUUUCUAGCUGGAAGUGAAGUUGAUUUAGAUCCCAGAAAAGCAGUAGUUGUUGACAAGUUCAUGAGGACCAACGUAGCAGAUGUUUUUAGUGCGGGAGACGUCACCUCCUUCCCUUUGACUAUUCGAAGUGAUCAACGGGUCAGUGUGGGUCACUGGCAAAUGUCACAAGCUCAUGGAAGAGUUGCUGCCCUCAAUAUGCUGAAUAUACCUACAAAAAUAGAGUCUAUACCUUUCUUCUGGACUGUAUUGCUUGAGAAGAGUAUCAGAUAUGCAGGUUAUGGGGAGGGCUACACAGAAAUUGUAUUCAAAGGCAAAGUGGAGGAAAGAAAAUUUCUGGCGUUUUAUAUUAAAGAUGACACUGUGGUGGCGGUGGCCAGCCUCAUGUUUGAUCCCGCUGUGGCUCAGCUGGCAGAGCGAAUGGCAGCAGGCCAGCGCAUUACAAAAGCGCAGACUCAAUUAGAAGACCUGAGUUGGCUCCAGAUGUGA